AUGUCGGAUUCUCAGGCUAAGUCAUCGGCGAUGAGUCCCGGAGGUGGCGGUGGAAGCCAUGAAAGCGGCGGAGAUCAAAGCCCUAGGUCGUUAAAUGUUCGUGAGCAGGAUAGGUUUCUUCCGAUUGCUAACAUAAGCCGUAUCAUGAAGAGGGGUUUACCUGCUAAUGGCAAAAUUGCUAAAGAUGCUAAAGAGACAAUGCAGGAAUGCGUCUCUGAAUUCAUCAGCUUCGUCACCAGCGAAGCGAGUGAUAAGUGCCAAAGAGAGAAAAGGAAGACCAUUAAUGGAGAUGAUUUGCUUUGGGCAAUGACCACUUUAGGAUUUGAAGAGUACAUUGAGCCUUUGAAGAUUUACCUGAUGAGAUAUAGAGAGGGUGACACUAAGGGAUCAGGAAAAGGCGGGGAAUCGAGUGCUAAGAAAGAUGGUCAACCAGCUCAAUUUCCGCAGCUUGCUCACCAAGGUUCUUUCUCGCAAGGUCCUUAUGGAAACUCUCAAGCUUCUUCGCAUAUGAUGGUUCAAAUGCCGGGAUCAGAGUAG